AUGCUAGGCCUCCUGGGAAGCACGACCCUCGCAGGCUUGAUCACAGGCACUGCUGUGGCUCUUCUGCUGUUGGUGCUGCUGCUGGCCACCUGCCUGUAUCAUGGACAGCAGGACCAUGAUGUGGAGAGGAACUGCCCGGCCGAGAGGAGAAACCGAGUCCGGUGGGCCCAGCCCUGGCUCUUCCCGGGCCAGGGCCACCCAGGACACUCUCACUGUUUCCAUCAUCCUAGCCACGUGUCUCACACGCACCAUGUGGGCCUCCACCACCACCACCUCCACCGACACCACCAUCACCACGCCCACCACCACGCCCACCGAGGCCACCACUGAUGCCGGUGAAUGGCGGCCACUGCCUGCCCUCCCGUGGACCCCACGCUCCUGUGCAGAAGGGCGCCUCUCUGUGCCCUUCCGAGUCCAGGACGUCUUGCACUCACAUCUUUCAGGACAGCUCUUCUUCCAGAAGCCGCCAGCAGAGUUGACCACAG